UCAUGCCAUAUCAUGCUCCCUUGCCAUUCCCGGCCUCCAUCCAAAGCAUCUCCGAAGAUCUAAUAAAACCCAUAGAAACUUGUCCCGUCUCUCUCUCCUCGGCCCCGCGGGAGCGAACCCUUAUCAGUCGCUCUCGUUGGCCCGGAGCAGCAGCGAUGCGCACCGCCUGCCUCCGCCCCACCAUUCGUAUAAAACCUUCCCCUCCGCCUCCCUCCUCCCGCCACUGCUAGACGACCGGCCCGUCCACCCGCCGGCACCGGCCGCCGCGCCCGCCCCCCACGGCCCCGCCCUCGCCGUGGCAUGAGAAGAUGGCCGCGUGCUCCAGGGGCCUCGCGUGGCCGCCGUUCGAUCUGACCACGGCGAGGGGGGCGGCGCCAUGGCCGCGCCGCCCCGCGCCGCGACGGCGCGCCGCGAUCCGGUGCUGCUGCGCCGGGGCCGACCCGGAGCCGCGGAGGCGCCUCUCCAGGGCGGCCGCGGCCGCGCCCGAGCGCGCCGAGGAGUGGCGCGUCGAUGGGAACAAGCCAUCCGCCGCCGCACCUGGCCGGCGGCGCGCCAGCCUCACCGCCAUGCCUCCGCUCCCCUUCCCUGCACCUCGUUCUAGAAGGCAAUUCAAGCAACAAGAUUUCUAUCCGCGGUGCACGCAGAGGGGACCGGCCCCUCAAUCCCGGGAUACCCCGCCCAAGAGAGACACUGGUAUUGCUAGUGAGAAGGAGUGGGGAAUCAACUUGCUGGAUGAAGCAGUCAAGGAGUCCGGAACGAACGAAGAUGGAAGCACUUGGUACAGGGAGAGUGGAGAAGAUCUCGGCGAGAAUGGGUUCCGGUGCCGAUGGGCAAGAAUGGGAGGACAGAGCCAUGAUGGUUCCACAGAAUGGAAAGAGACUUGGUGGGAGAAAAGUGACUGGACUGGAUAUAAGGAACUAGGUGCCGAGAAAUCUGGGAAGAAUGCUUUAGGUGACUCUUGGUGGGAAAAAUGGAAGGAAGUUUUGUACCAAGAUGAAUGGAGCAAUCUUGCAAGAAUAGAGAGAAGUGCUGAAAAACAAGCAAAAUCAGGUGCAGAAAAUGCUGGGUGGUAUGAGAAAUGGUGGGAGAAAUAUGAUGCCAAAGGCUGGACAGAAAAAGGUGCUCACAAAUAUGGAAGGUUAAACGAGCAGUCUUGGUGGGAGAGGUGGGGUGAACAUUAUGAUGGCCGUGGAUUUGUAUUGAAAUGGACAGAUAAGUGGGCUGAGACAGAUUUAGGCACUAAAUGGGGGGAUAAGUGGGAAGAAAAAUUCUUUGCAGGAAUUGGUUCUCGACAAGGGGAGACAUGGCAUGUAUCUCCUGGCGGUGGACGCUGGUCAAGGACUUGGGGAGAAGAACACUUUGGUAAUGGAAAAGUCCACAAGUAUGGAAAGAGCACAACUGGCGAGAGCUGGGAUUUGGUAGUCGAUGAGGAGACAUACUAUGAGGCCGAGCCUCAUUAUGGAUGGGCCGAUGUCGUCGGGGACUCGACACAGUUAUUGUCCAUACAACCUCUUGAGAGGCCACCCGGAGUAUUCCCGAACAUCGACUUCAGCUCCGCACCCCCACUGAACGAUGAUCCCCCUGGCAUGACUCCUUCCUCCCCUCUGGAGCCUGACUUGAGCUGCCGGGCAACCUCCAAUCCGCCUCCCGCGUCAACACUCCGGUCAAACCUCCCCUCCCAAAGCCUCCAAACCUUUCUCCUCGCCGCGGCCAGCCCGGCCACCAUGCCGUCGCUCGCCGGCCGCCUGACCGUGCCGGCCGCCGCGCUGCUGUUCCUCUUCUUCGCGGCGCCCGCCUCGGCCGCCAACUUCACCUGCGCCACGCCAGGCGCCACCUGCCAGUCCGCCAUCGGCUACGCGGUGCCCAACGCCACCACCUACGCGGGGCUCGCCGCCCGCUUCAACACCACCACCACGCUCGCCGAGCUCCUUGGCGCCAACAACCUCGCCGCCGACACCUCCCCCUCCGCGCCCAUCGCGGCCGAGGCCAUCGUUCGCAUCCCCUUCCGCUGCCGCUGCGGGAGCAACAUGGUGGGCCAGUCGGCCGAUGGCCCCAUCUACGUCGUGCAGCCGCAGGACGGGCUGGACCACAUCGCCCGCGACGUGUUCGACGCCUUCGUCACCUACCAGGAGAUCGCCACCGCCAACAGCAUCCCCGACCCCAACAAGAUUAACGUCGGCCAGAAGGUGCGGAUCCCGCUGCCCUGCUCCUGCGACCCGGUGGACGGCGUCACCGUGAUGCACUUCGCCUACAGCGUCGCCAAGGGGGACGAGACGUCCGGCAUCGCCGCCAGGUUCGGGGUGAACCAGCAGGCGCUGCUGAAUCUGAAUAAGCUAACCGACCCCCUAAAGCAGGGCCAGAUUCUGGAUGUCCCCCUCCCUGUUUGCCGUUCGUCGAUCAGCAACACCUCGGCUGAUCACAGUCUACUGCUCCUCCCGAAUGGCACCUACGCGCUCACCGCACAGAACUGCAUCAAGUGCAGCUGCAAUGCAAACAACUACGAGCAGCUAGACUGCUCCCCAGUGCAAGACAGAAGGUGCCCGGCACUGCAGCCCUGCGAUGGAGGUCUGAAGCUUGGGAGCACGAACGGCACCGGCUGCGAAUCCAAGAUGUGCGCGUACACCGGUUACUCCAACACCACGUCGCUCAGCAUACAUACCGCUCUUGUAACUGCAAACGAGACAGCGUGCCAACAGAAGGGAGGAGCUGCGAGGUCGGAGUUUGCCGGGUCCAUGUGGAGAAUGUCCGCUAUCUCCUUCCACAUGGUGCUCAUCCUGAUCUGCUUCCUUUGAUGCUAUAGAGGUUAGAACUCUAUAGAUGUUACUAUACGAUGUGAGUCACGGUGAGAUUGUUGUUGUAACUUUGCGUGUAUGUUAGGUCUGGUUUAUCUAAGAUUUUGUUCUCCAUUGGUAUAGAUGUUUGAAUAAAUGAAGGAAGUGAUUAUUUAUUAGAUUGGAUAAUCAAUAAUGCAUCCCAUGAGCAUCCAGCUCUUGGAAUGUGUCGUUUCAGAAUAAAAAAGUUCAUGUCCA